CUUUCACUUCCGACUGGUCCAGCUCUCGGCCGUUCUCCUCCGCCCGGCCUCGACAGGCUUGUCAGUCUGACAAACAGAGCAACCGCCAAGCGAAAUUCAGCUCGAAUGAAGAGACUGGUGUUUUGGCUUGAUGAAAGAUGCGACGAGAAGUUGGGUUUCGAUGACGCGCUUGUUACACAAUUGUUCACCUCUUACUUCCAUUUCGAGUGA